GGGCGGGGCUUGAGCGGGAGUGACGGUCAUCUGAUCUGCAGUGGCCUUGGAGGCCCAGGCACUGAAAGCUGAGGUUAUGAUGGCGGCAACAGUGGUAUCACGGAUACGGAUGCGGACACGGCGGGCUCCGGUCCUAUGGCUGCCUCUGUUGUUGGUGGCAGUGGUGACAGCAGUGGCCACGGAGCAGCAGGUGCCACUGGUACUGUGGUCGAGUGACCGGAACCUGUGGGCUCCUGUGGCUGACACACAUGAGGGUCAUAUCACCAGCGAUAUGCAGCUUUCUACCUACUUAGACCCUGCCCUGGAGCUGGGCCCCCGCAAUGUACUGCUGUUCCUGCAAGACAAGCUAAGCAUUGAGGAUUUCACAGCAUACGGUGGUGUGUUUGGAAACAAGCAGGACAGUGCCUUUUCUAACCUGGAGAAUGCCCUGGACUUGGCCCCCUCCUCACUGGUGCUUCCUGCUGUGGACUGGUAUGCAAUCAGCACUCUGACCACCUACCUACAGGAGAAGCUUGGGGCUAGUCCCUUGCAUGUGGAUCUGGCUACCCUAAAGGAACUAAAGCUCAAUGCCAGCCUUCCUGCCCUGCUGCUCAUCCGUCUGCCCUAUACAGCCAGCUCUGGUCUGAUGGCACCCAGGGAGGUCCUCACAGGUAACGAUGAAGUCAUUGGACAGGUACUGAGCACACUCAAGUCUGAAGAUGUCCCUUACACCGCAGCUCUUACUGCAGUCCGCCCUUCUAGAGUGACCCGUGAUGUAGCCAUGGUGGCUGGGGGUCUAGGUCGCCAGCUGCUUCAGACUCAGGUGGCAUCACCAAUCCAUCCUCCUGUGAGUUACAAUGAUACUGCCCCAAGGAUCCUGUUUUGGGCACAAAACUUCUCUGUGGCAUACAAAGACGAGUGGAAAGACUUGACCUCCCUCACUUUUGGUGUAGAGAAUCUUAACUUGACCGGCUCCUUCUGGAAUGACUCCUUUGCCAUGCUUUCACUGACCUAUGAGCCACUCUUUGGUGCAACAGUGACAUUCAAGUUCAUUCUGGCUAGUCGCUUCUACCCAGUAUCUGCCCGAUAUUGGUUUACCAUGGAACGACUUGAAAUCCACAGCAAUGGCUCUGUUGCCCAUUUCAAUGUUUCCCAAGUCACAGGACCUAGCAUCUAUUCUUUCCACUGUGAGUACAUCAGCAGUCUGAGCAAGAAAGGCAAUCUCCUUGUGACCAACGUGCCCUCACUCUGGCAGAUGACUCUUCAUAACUUCCAGAUCCAGGCCUUCAAUGUGACUGGUGAACAGUUCUCCUAUGCUAGCGACUGUGCUGGCUUCUUCUCUCCGGGCAUCUGGAUGGGGCUGCUCACCACCCUCUUCAUGCUUUUUAUAUUCACAUAUGGUCUGCACAUGAUACUCAGCCUAAAGACCAUGGAUCGCUUUGAUGACCACAAGGGCCCCACCAUCACUUUGACCCAGAUUGUGUGACAUAUAUCAGAGGGAUUGAGGAAGUGUUUGUUGGUGUCUAGGUUGUCAUGUUUCCAUUUUGUGACACAGUGGAUGGAAAGGUUUGUCCUCUUCCUACUAUAGCAUGAACCCUACAUACACCACCCUCAGUCUGUCUUGCUUCCUCUUUAAUCUGGAGAGGGACUUCCCUGGGGCUAUCCCCCAUCUCUACCAACAAAGUGUAUUCUUCAUAGAUAUUAGAUAAAUCUUCCAGGCUUCAUCAUCAAGAGAGGAAGGGACCUUAAUUCUAGGGUCUGCCUUUUCCCCCUUCUCCUUAUUUAUUCUUACCCCUCUGCUAUUAUCCCUUGCUGUUUAUAGUGCUUUUGUGUAGUAAAUGCUCACUCCCCAAGCUUUAUGGAGCUUCCAGCAACAGCCAUGAACUUGGAGUUCCUUGAAUUUGAGAGGUGUGGAAAGGCUACUUAACUGUCCAGCUUAGCUGUUACGGGUUUUUUUUUUGGGGGGGGGGCAGGGGUGAUGUGUUAAGAAUGAUCGGUACACUGGGGUUUAUUUCUGUGGCCUGAGAAGGAAGAAAUCACCACGAGGACUGGUGAACAAAAUGUGCUCACUGGGUUUCUGGAUUAUUCCCAGGAGGAUUGCCUGUCAAGAGGCUGGAGGUGUGUGUUUGCGGGGGGGGGGGGGGGGCUGCUUCUGUUUUUUUCCGUCCUAAUAAAAUAAAGACGUGUUGCCAUGUGUUGGGCUUCGUGUCACUCA